AUGACCGUCGCACAACAUCAACACCUUCCACCGCUCACCAUCGGUGAACAAGACAUAGAGAACGUCGAGAACUUCACUGACCUCAGAAACAACAUCUCAAAUACUGGAGAAAGACGCACAGACCAGAAGUGGCAAAGCUGCAGGAGUCUUCCAACGACCCCGGAACAUCUGGUCGUUGAAUUCCAUCACCACGGCAACAAAGCUACGCCUCUAUAUGUCAGUGGUCAUCCCUACAGCGACCUACGCCUGUGAGACGUGGACGUAGACAGCCAGCAUCACCAACAAGUUGGAUGUCCUCCAUGGACGGUGCCUCAGAUCCAUCCUGAAGAUCUCAUGGAGAGACUGUGUAUCUUCUACACGGAACAGACGGUCUUAUUUUCACCAAGAACUCACUGAGAUACGACCGUCGUUAGGUCCAAAGCUGGAUCAGGUGUCCUGGAGCUUAAUGAGACACAGGUGUGUCUCUGAGAUGAGUGACAGGUGUGCAGGAGGAGGUCAGAUGACGGAGGAGACAUGUCGUACCGAAGAGUCUCUGAUGAAACCCGAAUAUUGUGAAGAACAUCUCUCAGUGAGGUUCUUCAAGGAAAUGAGAGAAAACCAAGAACUGAUGUGACUGAAUCAAGUGAAGACCACUGACUGGGUCUGUUUCCAGCUGAGGAAACGAAUGAAUGAAUGAAUGAAAGAGUCCGACUGCUCCCAGGGUUUCAUCAGCUGUGACGGUGAACAGGUGCAGAAGGUCCUCAUGUCUCCACAGCUGGGGGGUCGUCUCGUAUCUAAACCUUCAUCACGUCAAACAUCAGACUUUCUAAAUGACAGAGAAGUCUCAUGUUUUCAUCCUCAUGUUCUCACACACAGCAGAAGUGAACACAUGAGUCCAGGUCCUCCGAUAGGUUCAGUUCUGCUGCCCCCUGGUGGAGAAAGAGUGGAUGACCGUUCACAGUUACAUCACUGUGGGAGUGGUGAGCGGAGAACAAUGAACAACAUGUUCCCUCAUCACUCUAACACACACACACACACACACACACACACACACACACACACACACACACACACACACACACACUCAGUGAUAAAGUUAUGAUGUUAUAAUAAAGAGCAGUUAAAGAGGUUCAAUUUCAUUGAUGAGUGUUUUGUCCUUUUUUAUUCCUCCUUUGGUUUGUAUCUGUUUAAACAGAGGAAACUCUGACCAAUCACAGCCCUCGAUUGUCCCUCAGGGGGCGGAGAACACAAAUGCAAAAACAAACAUAAAUACACAAUAAUACACAUAAGAUAAUAAAUAUGUUUACAUCCAGACAACUGAGACCGGCACUCCCUCCAGUAUCCAGCAGGGGGAGCCAAACCAAAUAAAGAAGAAUUAAAAGAUUCAUAGGCUGUGUCUCAUUUCAGAGACCGCAUCGACCUAAGUGCCCUUCUGCACCGUCGAACGGUGCAUUUGAAGUGUGCAUGACGUCACGACGGUGCGAACGGUGUCCCGUUUGGCACGAGAUGCUAAAAAAUGCUAAGCGCGCUUAGCAUGUUUUCAAGCGUGCAUUUAUCCACGCUUUCGUGCCGUCGGUAUCCCAGAAUCCUUUGCGUGCCGCUGCACAGCUGCGCAUUUCAGGUGAGAGGCUGGACUCGCUUGGAGACGCAGCGCGUCUUCAAAGAAAUUACAAGCAAUCCAAAAACAGCAGACAGUCAGCUCAGGCUGUAUGAGAGCAUGAUCUCUGAACUCACUAAAAUCUGUAAACCAAACAUUAUAGAUUUAGAGACGAACUGAUCCGCUCUGCUUCAACUAUCAAAAACAUUAGAAAUGAGAAAGCUGACAAAACUACAGCAGAGUAUCAGGACAACAUUGAGGUUUUUUUCUUUUAAGAUUUAGAGAUUAAAGUUGUAAAUUUAGGAGAAUAAAGUCAUAAAGUAAAUAAAGUCAUAAAGCUGCUUUUGUGGAGGGGGAAAUGACUGAAGCUGGUCAUCUGCAGGGUUAUCUGUGGAUGUAUCAGCGGGUCAUUCAGAGAGAUUUUGUGGUUUCUGAAGAAACAAUCAAACUGAUGAUGAUCAACAUUUGUGAUCCAGAGGGAGUCGAGCUCCGACGAGCACCACGUCUCUGACACCGGCCGUAGCCUACACCUGCAGAAACACCAACACCUUAUUAUGGCAUAUGGAUUCAUAUCAUAAAUUAAAGCUCAAUGUCAUUCACGGAUAUUUACGGCUGCAUUGACAGAUAUAUCCUCAGCAUAUUCAUUUCUGCCUCCACAAAAGCAGCGAUUUCCUUCAAGUACACCAGUUUUUUUCCCGUGGAAAAGACGUAUUUCUCAUAUAUUCUUUUUUUAAAGUCUUUAUACUUAUGACAAUGUGAUGCUGAUGUGCCAGAGGAUGAAGUAUCCCCUAUCCUCCUUCUCAAUAUGGCCCUCAUACUCCUUCAUACAAAACAAUCAUUGGAUGAAUUUUGUGGGAAUGAUCUGUGCUUGUAUGUAUCUACUAUUUUGUGUCUGUGCAAGGUCGCACAAUUAAAACAAUACAUGCUGCGCUCCGCAGCUUUUUUUCUAAUCAGUCGUGACGUAAGCCUGAGGGCGGGGACAUUUGGAGACCUUCGGAGGACUUCCUGGUGGAGUUGCCAAAUGUCCCCGCCCUCAGGCUCGCGUCACGACUGACUUAAAGGAAACCCGCGGAGCGCAGCAUUUAUUGUUUUAAUUGUGCAACCUUGCACAGACACAAAAUAGUAGAUACAUACAAGCACAAUUCAUCCAAUGAUUGUUUUGUAAGAAGGAGUAUGAGGGCCAUAUUGAGAUUUAAGACUUUAAGGACUUCGAGAUUUAAGUCGUGAAUUUACGAGAAUAAAGUCAUUAAUUUAUGAGAAUGAAGUCAUAACCUGUUAUUUCAGAGAGACUUGUUAAAAUUAGGGCCAUGAAGCAUUUGAAGGAACUGUGCUUCAGUAUAGGUUUCACAAACAAGGAGAUUCUUCAUCCUCUGGCACAUCAGCAUAACAUUGUCAUAAGUAUAAAGACUUUAAGAAGAAUAUAUGAGAAAUACGUCUUUUCCACGGGGGAAAAAUAUUGGUGUACUUGAAGGAAAUCGCUGCUUUUGUGGAGGCAGAAAUGAAUAUGCUGAGGAUAUAUCUGUCAAUGCAGCCGUUAAUAUCCGUGAAUGACAUUGAGCUUUAAUUUAUGAUAUGAAUCCAUAUGCCGUAAUAAGGUGUUGGUGUCUCUGCAGGUGUAGGCUACGGCCGGUGUCAGAGACGUGGUGCUCGUCGGAGCUCAACUCCCUCUGGAUCACAAAUGUUGAUCAUCAUCAGUUUGAUUGUUUCUUCAGAAACCACAAAAUCUCUCUUAAUGACCCGCUGAUACAUCCACAGAUAACCCUGCAGAUGACCAGCUUCAGUCAUUUCCCCCUCCGCAAAAGCAGCUUUAUGACUUUAUUUACUUUAUGACUUUAUUCUCCUAAAUUUACAACUUUAAUCUCUAAAUCUUAAAAGAAAAAAAAAACUCAAUGUUGUCCUGAUACUCUGCUGUAGUUUUGUCAGCUUUCUCAUUUCUAAUGUUUUUGAUAGUUGUAACACAGCGGAUCAGUUCGUCUCUAAAUCUAUAAUGUUUGGUUUACAGAUUUUAGUGAGUUCAGAGAUCAUGCUCUCAUACAGCCUGAGCUGACUGUCUGAUGGUUUUGGAUUGCUUGUAUUUUCUUCGAAGACGCGCUGUGUCUCCAAGCGAGUCCAGCCUCUCACCUGAAAUGCACAGCUGUGCAGCGGCACGCAAAGAAUUCUGGGAUACCGACGGCACGAAAGCGUGCAUACAUGCACGCUUGAAAACGAGGCGGGGGUAGUGUGGUUUUGAGACCGAAUUUGAAGCGCGCUUAGUAUUUUGUGCCAAACGGGACACCGUUCGUGCCGCGUGGUGACCUCACGUACGCGUCAGAUGCGCCGUUCGAUGGCUGCUGUAUCUGAAAUGGGACACAGGAAGGGCACAGAACGGCGCAAAACGGCGUAAAACGGCUCAAAACGGCAGUGCACUCAGCUAAGCGCCGUUAAGCGCGCUUAUCACGAUGCGGUCUCUGAAAUGAGACACAGCCAUAGAGUAAACUAAGAAAAAUAUAGUUUUAUACUAAAUAUACUUGAUCACAUAGAAGAAAUAUUAAUUCUAAAUAUUAUAACACCGAUUGUUUUUACAAUACGCCAAUAAUUAUAAUAAAGUAACCUGUGUAGUUUUGAGUAGAUAUCUGUGUGUUUAAUAUGUAGGUGUUUAUACAGAUGUUUGUCAUUUACAUAAUUUUUUUUUUUUUAAUUCUCUAAUCUGUGAGGAAGAGUCAGGACUACAUAAACUCUGUUUCAUUCUGUUUCUUCUCAAACUGUUUAUUUUUGACAAACAUGUUAGUGUACAUUUAUCUUUGACGUGGACAGAUGUUUUCUUUUCUUUCUAGUUUAUUUUUAAUUUUUAAUUUUUUUUAAAUUUGCUCUUAAAGUUUGAGAUAAAUAAAGAAGAAAAAAAGAAAGAAAGAAAGAAAGAAAGAAAGACUGGGUCAUGAUAAACAUUAUUUAAAGUAUUUUUUCCUCCAGAUGUCCAGCAGAGGGAGCUCUUACUUAUUCCCCAGUUUUAACUAAUGUCUCCUUUACCAGGUUUUCUUCGAGAGGUCCAGCAGGGGGCGCUGUAAGUGGUUCCCUCAGUCCUUCAGUUAGACCUGAGUGCAGGAUUGGGGUUGUGGAGUAAAGGGGGGCCCUGAGGACCUGCAGAGGUGUGGGGUCAGCUGCUGCUCCAGCUUUGGUCCUCUGUCUGCAGGUGUGUCUCUGUCCUCAGGUGUGUCUCGGUCUGCAGGUGUGUCUCCUCCUGCUCUCAGGUCUGCAGUCUCUCACUCUCUGUUGAGGGUCUGUUUUUGAGUCUCAGUGGCUCCAUCUAGUGGACGUAAAGCCUAAAUGCUGUAACGACUACGCUGUUCAAAAUCUACAUGGAUGAGCUCUGAGGGAACUGUGGAGCUUCUGUAACCUAGCAACAGAGGGCGCCAGUGAGAGACGCUCUGUAAUGGAGGUCAAAGGUGUUUACCUGACUUCUGCACAAACAGACGGAGCGAAUGUUGGUUUGGAUGUUCUGGACAGAAGUUUCCAAACAUUUCCGUCAGGUCGAUCAAAGAUCUGAACGCUCUGCUGUUCCCCUCAGAGAGAUUCCCAGCAGCUCUCCUGGCAUCAGGUCAGGAACCUGAGGAGGAGGAGGAGGAGGAGGAGGAGGAGGAGGAGGAGGAGGAGGAGGAGGAGGAGGAGGAGACCUGCAAACAUCCAGGAACAUCCAGGAACAUCCAGAGACUCGGGUUUUCCUGGAGCUUCUGGAAAUGA